AAAAACAAAAUUUUCCUUGGUUCUCAGGUUUUUAAGUACAGUACAUUCCACCACUGGCUUUAAGGGUCUGUAACCCAAAUUUAAAUAGGGCUGUAGGCUACCACACUUUCACUUUCAAGACUGAAAGGAUAUCUGUGAAAAAACGUAGAGAGGAUGUGUGAUGUGAAAACAGGCUGCGCUGCCAGCAUUCAAUAGAAAACCAUUAAACGGAGUGGACUCAUUUAAUUCCUGACCACCUUUGGGCGACGGUUUUUGUUACUUGUUGUACAAAGAAAUAACUGGGAAUAAUGUUUUUCCAUUUCAUUCUUCUGGUUGUUUCUUUGAUGGGUUUUCUGCGCAGCUUCCAUGUGUCCAGUUGUGAUCCCAGCUGUACAGAUAAACCUGAGUUCACUCCAACCAGUCUGGUAGUGAAGUAUGGUGACCCAACCUCUGCCAGCUGCUCUCUAUGUCAGCAUGCUUGCCUCGACAACAAAAACAUUUCUAAUGUGGAGACCCCUGUUGGAAACUUAACAAAAAACGGAACCACAAUUUUAUGGACGGUUGACAGACUGACUGAAUGGCACAUAUCUCCCAUUUGCUAUUAUAGCAAUGCUGGUUACCAGUGUUGUAGCACCCUGAAUGUAACUGUGUACCAGCCUCCAGACAGAGUGUCCAUCAGCUUUGUUAAUCACACUGGGCCGAUGUUUGAGGGUCAUCAGUACACUCUGCAGUGUACAGUACAGCACGUUGCUCCUGUUGAAAACCUCGUUGUGACUUUCUACAGAGGACAGACAGCGCUGGGUCAACCUCAGUCCAACAACAACACAGAGAAGAAACCAGUGACUGAGAUCUUCUCUUUAAACAUCACACCCAGUAAAGAAGAUGAUGGAGGCCAGUUCUGGUGUGAAGCAAAGCUAGAACUGGGACCUGAUGGUCCACAGCUCCCUCCAGUGGUGACGUCAGAAAACAUCACUGCCACUGUGUACUAUAAACCUCAGCUAGAGGGGUCGUAUCUCGUUCCGAUCAAUGUAACAGAAGGAGAUCCUGUACAACUGAACUGCUCGGCCGUGGGAAACCCCAGCCCAUCGUACAACUGGACGCUCCCGUUACUCUCUUCUCUCCCCGCUGGCAGCGCUCUCUCUAUCGAAUCUGUAACUUCUAAGGAUGAAGGGCAGUACAACUGUUCUGUCAGCAACGAUGUGGGGACUGUCACUGUGAUGUUUAACGUGCAUGUCCAAGGUUUAAAGUCAACCUCAACCAGACUGCCGCCAACAACUACCACUUCAACCACAACAACCACACAGACAACAACCACACAGACAACAACCACACAGACAACAACUGUACCGAACUGCAGCACCAGUAGCAUACUGCUUCACAGGUCCAUGUGUUUUGUGCUUUUAUUCUCUGCUCUGGUUUGAGUUCAUUCCUAGAGAACAUAAACGGUUUGUUUCUAGAGCAAUAGCAGGUCAUAUCGUUGCCACUGAACAAUAUAAUAAGACAAUAAAAGGUAUUUUAUCCAUGUCCUACAUAGCUCACAUUUGAUGCCAAUAUCAGUUCUCUAAAUACAUUGAGAAGGCAGCCCGUUGUGUGAGAACGCUUACAAUGUGUAAUACUCAGUGUUAACCUUUAGAGUGCAUUAGCUUGUAAAUGAGCAGUGUUUGCCUUUCUGAAAAUGCACACACGGAACAUACUGUAAAAAAUAGAGUUAGAGUGGAUCAAUUUAAUUGACAAUGAAAAAAAACAGUAAGUCUACAGCCAUGUUAGCAGCACUGUGAGGCCAUACUUGCAAAUGCACUUGUAAAUGCUAACAUCACUAAGCUAACAUGCUCACAAUGACAAUGCUAAGUAGUACAUGUUUAGUAGUAGCUAUGUUUACCAUGUUUACUAUCUUAGUUUAGGAUGUUAGUAUGAUAACAUUUGCUAAUUUGCAAUAAACACAAAGUGCAGCUGA